AUGGUGUCGUAUUAUGGCUUCAACGAAACAGUUUUUCGAUCUCAUGUGAAAAAGGCACUCCAGAGUGUUGAACAAAUCCUUGAAGCAAAUCGUCAACCUCUUCUGGCUGAAGAAAUUCAUCACAAGUAUGAGAACAAAUAUGAACUUGCCAAUCACAUGACCAAUAUUGCCAUUGUGGCUCAAAUGAAUGCUCUAGAACGAUUAGGAUUGUCUCCCAAAAUCAUUCGAAACCUCGCGACUACCAAGACAACUACACUACGUUUUGAAGCCGGUGAGACUUGUACCUUCCUCCACGAACAAACGGUCGAUGUCCCGUCUCCGUAUUCUACAGAAACUGUAAGGGAAUCAUCCACUUCAAUUGGAUCUUCCCAUUUCACUUCCAGUUCUUCGACCAUUCAUAAGGUUAUCAAGAAGGUCAAGGAAUAUCACUGGGCUGUCAAGGCACACUGGGAAAUUUCGAUAUUCUCAGGGACCGAAGUCGAAAAGAAGGCCGUACUGCAAAGUCGAGAUUCGUCUACUGUUGUUAUAACACAGUCUGCGAAUGCACCAAUGGAAAAGGUAGAAAACCAUUCGCCUUUAGACCUCAACUUGACUUGGCUCCUUCAGCAAGUCAACAUGGAUACCCGUACUACUAGCUUCGCCAUUAAUACAAGCAGAUCCAAGACUCCUCGGCGCAAUGAACAAGUGGAUGCUGCCCUGCAAUUUUUCUGUUCUCGCAUGAAUCACUGGGCGAAGGGUGUGAAACAUCAUUUUGGACAAGACUUGCAACGUAUCAUGAGUAAUAUUCACAACCCCGCUGUCCCAGCACCAUCUCACCCACAAGUUUUGUCUAGCCAAUGUUCGGCAGAAGAUCUGUUUCGACCCAUUUUACCUUUGCUCGAGGAAAUGGAUGAAGAAGGCGCGGGUGCUGAAGCUCUUAUCUUGGAUGGGGGACAAGACGCUGCCACUCCAGAAUCUGUUUCGACUCUUUCUCUACCUUUAACUACUCUCAGUGAUAACCAAAUAGGUGGCCAACAGAAAGUAUCAAGCCUGUUGUCAGGAAAUGAUACCAUCCAGUUGUUGAAUGCUCAAAUCAAAUCGAUUGAUACCACGGUGGAACGUCUUCAGCAAGUAUUCCCUGCAGCGAAUGUGACCGAAUUAUUCUCCAUUACGGAGGCAACUCUUUUCUUGUCGUUGGAUCAUUCCGAUAGUCUCAGCAUUCAGUAUCAGCAUGCCAUUGGAUACUUGGAAAAUAUGCUUGAGAAACAGCUCACUGCAGCUAUUGGAAAGCGAGUGACCACUACGGAUCUAGAAGAAUUUGUUAGGUUCCAUAAUGCCAAGUUCUUGUCGAAACCUCCCAAGCCAUUCUGCCAUGCAAUUGGUCGUCCCAAGCGAUUUCCCUACGGUGUCUUGAGUAUCGAGGACAAAAGCGACGGAGAAAACUGCACCCCAAUUGAGACGCUCCUGCGACAAGUUUACAUGGCAUCGCCUCUUGAAAUUGCACUUAACGCAGCAACCACUCUACAGUUGACUGGUAAUGCGUAUUUGCAUGGCUGGAUGCGCCAUCGCUCAGAACAAGAAGGAGGCAGAAAGGCAUUCCAACUGUCAGCUCGAGCACGUCAAUUUUCUUCGUUCAUGUUGGUGAUUGGUACCAUGGCAGGUCCAAACAAACUCAAUCCUAAGGAUGCUAUCAUUUUGCAAAACAAGGACGAAGUAUUUAUCCCUCUGCUAUUGGAAGAGAUUCCGUCUGCAAAGGAGUUCAAGAACGCGAUUGAAUCCUUGUCGCCAGAGCAGCAGCGCUUUGCUCAAGCAUUCCGCGGAAUGCAAUUGGAGUCUUCAGUGUUUGGUGUUGCCGUGGUCCAGAUCAAGCCUCAACUGGAGGCGUUGCUGGGAUUGUCAGAGGACUCGUUGGCAAAGGAGAUCAAACUGACCGAAGACCUGAUGGAGUUGUUUGUGGAGCACCAGAUUCCAUCCGAUUUGCUCUCUUUCGAUGAGGUCUGUAAUAGCUCAAUAAGUGCAAGCGACAAGGUUGAAGUCGUCCGACAGAAUGUGAAGGCGGUGAUGGACGUAAUCGAAGGUACAAAAGAGAAGCAGCUGGAGGCGACUCUGAUGAAGGAAGAAGCACAGAAAGCGGCCGAAACAGCUUGGUUUGCAGAGAACUCGGCUGAAGAGAGAUUUGAAUCUGCGGGAACUAGCGCUCUCGACUGGCUGAGAAGCAAGGAGGUUGAAGCGGAGGAGUGUGAAGAAGAAUAUGAAGAAGACUGCGCUUUGGACAUGUUUGCUGAGAGUAGCGCCGAUGGAUUGUGUGAUGAGCCAUUUGCAUAUGAUGAUGAUGAUGAUGAUGAAGGAAUGGAUGGGAUGCCCGAAGAAGUGUCAAACCAGGAAAACGGCGAAGCUGAUACAACGCCUGAAACUUCAGAUACCCCAUCGAGUGCAAGGGCGCCAUCUAAGGAAAACAUUGAUUUCACGCAAAUCCCUAAAAUGCUGGACGCAACCAUCGCACAAUUCGACAAGGACAGCACUCUGCGAUCCACCAAGAUCAAGGCAGGUGAUAUUUGGUCUCGCAAACGCCAACCCGAUCUACUUUCCAAGCCCACGACAAACAAUCUUUACGAAUCGGAUGUCAAGUCCGAGUCCAACAAGGCUUAUGAUCUCCUGGAUGCCAUCAGUCGAAGUGGUUCAUUGCCCAUUGCCUACUCGGACUUGCAUGUGAUCGUUUGUGUGACCCAUUGUUUCGAGAAGGAUAUCAUGGCGACUAUAGUAGAGGACAACAUCAAUCCAAUAGACAGGUUGGAAAUGUCGACACUCCUCCUUGGUUCGACGAUCCAUGGAGAAAAGCCAAUGGGGUUGAUCGCAGACGAGUCAGACCAUAGUCGAUUUGCGCCUUCCUUUCUGAAGCUCGAAGCAGCGAACUGA